UCGCCGAUGAAGCCCUUGAGUGCACUUCCGACCAUAGACGGGUUUGCCUGAUACAGGGAGUACAGCUGAGUGGCCAUCGACAUGAAGUUGUUGUCGUCUUUGGAGCCGCUGCCUGCUAGACCUUGCAGCAUCGACAGAGGGUUUGCUCCUUGGCCACCUUGGCUUCCAAGCAUGUUUGCAAUGGGGCUUGAGCCUUGAUUGUUGGAGUUGUCACGGUUUUGGAGGAGCCCACCGAGAGCUGAUCCCAAUGGGUUGUUGGCGUUGUUGGUGUUUGGAGGAGAAGCGUUGUAUUGUUGCUGUGAGCCCUGAGAGUCAGGAGAGGCAUCUUUCCAAUCUUCAAAUGGAUUCCAUCUUGCAUUAACUCAUAACAAUCAUCACACUAAGAGAACUGUUAAAACUUUCAUUUUAUUAAAAUUUCAAUUUUUACAUAAAAUUUAG